CAAAAUUUAUUAAUUAUUCGACAAUAAAUCUUAAGACAUUACAAUCUAAACUUAAUUUUAAUUAAUAAAUUACACAUCUAGUAUAGCCUAGUAUUACAAGAAAGAGCUCAUAACUAUUUUGUAAACAAUUUUUUAUGAAAUUUGACCCUGCCAAUGUAAUGUCAGAUCGUGAAAUCACACGUGAAAAUAUAGGGUUAGAUUAACAUAAGCAGUGAUCAACAAAUUUGUAUUUUGUUUCUGUUUACAAAGAAACAACUGUGAAUUUCUGAAACAAAACUAAACAUCUGUUUAUAAAUAUAAACUAACAAUGGAUCUGUGGAAUACUAAAUAUUUAGAGCCCCCAGCAUCAAGUUCUUGCAAAUUAAAGAACCAAGAAAUAAAUUUACAUGAACUAAAUGGACUUAUGCAUGAUGCACUCAACGUUUUCUCAAGUCAAAUGUUCCUUGACAUAGAAUGCAAAAUGUUGCACACUAUAAUAAAAGUCAACAAACUGAAAUUUCGCACCACGAUCGGAUUCAAACACCUGCAGAAAUUGAACCGAUGCAUGCGAAUCUACCAUGAAGUUGAUUACAAGUGUUUAAUAUCUUGGUUUAUUGACUUAUUACCAAGACAAUAUGAAUAUGACACCUACUUUCCAAGUAGAAACAUGUUUGAUUACUUUCUUGUAAGAUCUCAAGGUAUUGCCAAACUAAUUGUGAGAGUAUUAGAGUGUGCCAAGCAAGUUUACAUCCAUUUUAUGGAUAUAAUCAAACUAGGACAUUUCAUAGGCCUGGGAAUAGUAAUAAUUGCAGUUCAAGCAAGAAUAUUCAUCAUUUGCAGAUACUUAUUAAAAUGCAUUUCACAUCUUUAUGAUACAAUUUAUGCUCUUAGACAUAAAAUUCCAAAUAUUAAGACUGAUUGGCUUCCUGAUAACUAUAACUUGCCUCAGGAGUUACUUCCAUGGCUGGAUAUUGAUUGGGCUUUCAAAGAAUAUGUUAUUGAGCUCAAAGGGAAAAACAGAGAUCUCUUCAGCAUUGAUAUCUUUGAUGAUGAAGAUGAUGUUGAAUUCUGUAAAGAAUAUAAGAUUGUUGAUGGUGAAGAUGAUGAAGACAUCCAAAUUGUCAAUGAAUAUUUUAAUCUUGUUGAUAGUGAUGAUGAAAGCAUGAGAAUCAAUGAUGAGGUUGACGAUGAACUGCAAAUUAUUAAUGAUGAGGUGAGAACUGUAUUCUUUGAUAGGAAGAUCAAGGAAGAGAUACAAUCUCAAGUUAUUAAUCUUGAUGAUGAGAUUGGGGAGCCUGUUGAGUUGAAUGCUAAAGUUGAAGAAGUUAAACAAAAAUUAAAUGCGAUUAAUACAUUGGAUGCGACUGAGAAAUUCAUCAAGGAUGGAAAUCACAAUUAUUUCCGGUCCUUAGGAAUGGUGAGGUAUAAUCAUUUGUUGAAUAUGGUUCAGAUGUAUAAAAUGGAGGCGUCGACCGCGAGGACAACGAAAAAGGAAAAAAAGAAGAUGUUCAAAGAGGUAAAAGAGAAGAUUAUUCAAUUAGUACAAAAUGAUGAGACGCUAUAAACAAAAAAUAGAUUGUUUUAUUUAAAAGAA